ACAGUGACUUCGUUCAAUUCCUAUCAUUCUGCUGGCCAUCAUUAGCGGCACUGCGUCCAGAUGGCGGCAAUACUCGAGGAGGAGGUUCCUCUCGGACCGGGUCCUGGGAAUACUAUGGAUGCAAGUCCCGGCCCUGUUGGAUUCCGAGUAUACAAGCGUCACUGCGACCGUCAUCGUUAUGAGCGUGAUUUCCGUCGUCGUUUACGUAAUCUCCGUGUAGCUGAGUUGCGCUUCGGUCGUGCCUUAGAGCCAAAAUGCCGAGAUUCACCAGAUGAGGAUUGUCGCGUUGUCCACAGGGUCUUCUCUGAGUUAGAUUCCAUACGUCCGCAACUUCUGGAAUGUUUCCAUAAGGCUCCGGAUUCUAUUAUCAAUCGUUUGCGUGAUUUAUUGGGGGCUUCCUUGGGUAUUGCGUUCGACGUAGAGAAUAACACCGGCAGGGACGAUCACAGAUCCAACACAAAGCAUACUGAGGAUAAUGUUACUGUACAGCCUCCCGAUAUAGAUCUAUCUUCAAGCCAAGAUCAAAAUUUCUUUUCCCCGGUCUUUGUGGAAACCACUUUGUCUACUCUUACUGAAUGCUAUGACACAAUUGCUAAUUUAGAGCAUCAGGUUUCGAAACUCACUCGGGAGAACAUAGACCUAGGAUUAAAGCUAUCUUGGGCUUAUUCCGAUAUUUGCUCAAUGGAUAUGGAGAAUGCGUACACUGAGCAACGUUACCUGGAAUCCCUAACCAGUCUGACCGAAAGUUUGUACGAGUAUUCAACUCAAUGUUCGAAGCUCCAAAGCUUAGUCCUGAGGCAGGGUAUCCGAAUAUGCUCUCAAAAUCGCGCAUUGUCCAACCUGGAAAAGGAGGCGGCGAAAUAUUCCCACUUGAACGCUACCAUAUGCCCUAUAUUUACUAAGUGUAGUGUUAAUUUCGAUUCUGAUCCCGGAUCUGUUGGUAUGGCAGACUCCAAUGAACCCACGAUAGAGCGUUUCUUCAUCUGCGAGGGCGACCGUACUACCAGUGCUUAUGACUCUGAUGGCCAAGGAUCUGUUCUUGGGGUGUCUGUGCCUUCUAUACAACCGCAGAUACAUAAUGGCAGCUCCUUAUUCUAUGAAUGUGGUACAAUGCCCAUGGUUGAACAAGGCAUGGCCUCUGGUCAACUUGCCAUAGGUCAGUACAGGCAGGUUCCUAGGUCUAUGUUCCAUGAUACUAGCAAUUCCAUUGAGGUAUCUGAAGUAUUAAGAUCUACUUCUAAGCCAGUUUCUGAAACUGCGACAAUGUCGCAUACUGCUGAUAACGAGGUUCAAGUAGCGGCACAAGACGGGAUACCGGAAACUGUCUCUGGCACAUCUAAGAACGGCUCGAGGCAUGAAAUGGACAUUAGUGAUACUGGUGUGAGCAAGUUGAAAACGGAAAAUUCUGCGCUGCAGAAGAAACUGCGUAAGUAUCUACGUCUUAUACGUACUCUCAAGCAUGAAAUUGAGCGUCUGCGCCCCCGGAAGUCAAUAUCUGCUGAAUUGUCUGCUGAACUAUCCACUAGUGCUGUGGUUCCAUUUGGCUUUCGUGUGUAUGAAGAGGGUAGUCCCAUUACUGGUAUAGGUCCUACCACGUCUACCGGCCUGCCUCCAGAGGACACUAAGGUCAAGGAGCUUAAGGCUGAAAUUUCAGCACUGCAGGACCAGAUUCAGCGUUACGAGAAGGCCGAGGAAGAACGGCUUCAUGUAUCCGAGAAACUGAAUUCCGAGGAGCGGCGCAGUCGUGAAUUAGCACAGGAACUCACUUCAGCACGUCGUCGUAUGGCUUCAUAUCAUCAUGAGAUUGAGCAGAUCUUGCGAUCCUGUGGCGGUGCCGAGGUACUCUUUCCGAAUGCUGAUCGCAAUUUCUCCAGUACUGCGGUAUCACAGAACCCGGACCACUCUGCAAAGUCCGGUCCACAAAUGUCGGACUUGAAGGCUGUAUUCAGCUCACUUCAGGAGCGUCUGGCAUGUUUAGAUUCCGAUAACAGUAAUCUGCGUGCUGAAUUGGAGCGUGGUCGUUCUGAUCUCGCAGCGGUUCAUGCUGAAUUAUGCCACCUGCGCAAAGAAAAUGAGCUGCUAUUGUCCGAUACGCGUGCUGCGGGAUCACUCGCCAUGGAACGCGUAUUCCAUUGCGUGACUUCGGCUAUGGAGUCACUGGCUAAAAACAAGGUGGAGGACCUUGAGGGCGUGGACUUGAGUGCCACGGCACUGGCUCCACAGGUACUAGACGAACGCACAUGUGCCCUGGAAAUGGAAAACAGAUUAUAUAAAGAGAAGGCAGAGUCGUUACUCGAUACUUUAUAUCACGUAUCCCUGGAGAGGUCAAAGAUGGCAGUGGAUAUAUCGCGUUUGAAUGGUGAGAUACAUUCAUGCCGGCAGCAGUUGCAGAAGUUUAGUAACCAGUGUGCCGAGCUCACGGCGGCUGGUCACGAAGUCGAGUGUUUACGCGCAAAGUGCAAUAUUUACAGCGAGCAGGUGGAGCGCUUGAAGCAUAUGAGCGCCGACCUGACCGACUUGAACAACAGGCUGAGUGAUGACGUCCGGUCCCUAGAGGAAAAGGGCGCUUUUGCCCGUAACGAAUCACAUUCCUUACGGGAAGAAGUGCGCCAGUUGCAGUCGCUGCUGAUUGGCGAUGCGAAGAUAGCGCAUGAUGCCAUCCGUGAUCGCGUGGCUAUAAUUGAGCUUGAAGGCAGAUGUAACAUUUUGACAGAGGCGCUAACCAAUGGCACGGCGGAGCUAGACUCUUUGCGAAGCAAAAAUUCAAACCUAAUCAAAAUGGUAAUGGAAUUGCGCUACUCCCUUGAGCAGGAGCGAGCUGCUAACGUAGAAAACAUGCGCCAAGUAAAUAGCCUGUCCGAAUCUGAAGGACGCCUCCGCAAUCAAAUAGAGCGCCAUGAAACACAGAUGGAAGGCCUCAGGGCAUCAGUGGCAUCACUUACGGAAUCGUUGGAGCAGAGUGCGGCGGACCUGCGUGCAACGCAGUCACGCUUGGCAGAGAAGGAGCAUGAUGAAGCAGGCAUGGCCUCGAAAAUAGAGAUGCUCACCUCUAACCUGAAGGUAGUCCUAACCUCUAUGCGUGACGCUAAACCGUUAAGGCUUUCUCCUAGUGAUUUAUCUGCUGUGGAUAUUUCCGGGUUGACGCAUUUCAACCCAAAUGUAUACUACACCUUGAUGGACUCCAUCCAAGCCACUAUUAUCGACUGCCAGGAUAUGACAGCCACUAGCUCAAUGGUGCAUGAUGUUACUAUCGCAAGGGACAAGAUAUACAACAUACUCAAGUGUAAUUACUUACUGACUAUCCUGGCUACUGGGUUGUGCCGUCAACUGAGUACCCUCAGCACAGGUCUCGUAGAUGCUGUCAGGUUGCAGGGAGGCUCUCUAGGCCACAUCGUGCGAUGCUUGGGUGAUAACCUCAACUUAGAUAUGAUGCGAACUGAAUUCUCAACCAAGGUCACGAAUAUCUACAGCCACGUCAAGGAACUGAACGGCUUGCUCCAGCAGGUACAGAAGAGUAAACCUACUGAUGGUAUUAAUCGCUUGAAGGAAUUCUACGAAAACAUGCUCAACAAGUCACAGCAAAAGCUGGAGCAAUUGGGUACCCUGGUCAAGACAAAGGAAAAAGAGGAGUCAUCUCUACGUGCUGAAAACUCUAAACUCAUCUCCGACUGUGCAGAUGCAGCAAACGCGUUGCACGAAUUUGAGCGCCGCCUUGAGCAGUUAUCAAAUGAGAGCAAAUCACUGUGCUCUAUAGCCAUGUCACUCAUGCCUUCUUCGGAGCACUCCGAUUGCGACCGGAAUGACCUGAAGUCGAUUCUAUCAGCCCUGAGGUCAUAUAUAUCAUCCCUGGGCUCAUACAAAGAGCGUUACAAGAAGCUUCUGGAAAAUCCACCUGAGCCCAAGGUUAUCACUGUCACUGCGCGGCCACAAGUUUCCGAUGCCUGCGUAGGAACUGUGAACACACCGGCGCAGCCACCAGCUAGCACCGCGCAGCGGGCGGAGCCGGUACCGGAGAGGCCUCCAGUGCGCUCCGGUCCACGCCUAUCUCGCCACAGGCCCACUUUGGACAUAUCAGUUAUCAAGGAAGUGGAUGCUAACGUGAGGUACUAUAUCAAGAACAUUAGGUCUAGCCUAGAGGACCAUGUAAGGAGCGUGUCUAGCCGUGGUGAUAAUAGCGACACUGAAUACGAAAGCCCUAGAUCAGUGUCAGUCGGGCGUUCUGACGCCACUGUUUGCGAUGAUAGUGAUAGCGACGAGGAUUACUCCACGUCGCUAUCACGAGGGACACUGGGUGAGGAACUUGUGCGCCGCCACACGCGCCAAUUCGAAUCGAUUUGUGACUUGGUUGAGCAAAUGCGUGACUUGAAGCCGCUGCCGAAAACACCAACACCUCAUGUUUCCUAUGCAGACCCUCCCGAUAACAGCAAACGCAAUAUAACCCCGGCGUCUGAUAUGGCUGUCAUGCACCAUUUCAAUCAGCUGUGCUCGGCACUCAAGGAAUAUACCAUAGGCACAUCAAUGGCGCUUAGCGUGGAUGAUGUAUUCUACCAGAUGGAACUAGUCAUGCUGGACCAGGGUGACCGUGAGCAUCGUAGAGCUCUGUGGGACCGUUGUGUAGCCAACUUGGUUUCGGUGGUCAUCCAAGUGCUGAAAACUGAAUCGGAGGAACGCCAGAGCGUAGUGGACGAACUUCAACGCAGGUGUAACAUGGUAUCCAGCGCAUUAGCUGAAACCAAUGGGCUAUGCCGUCUACGAGAGGAGGAACUACACCGACGCAGUGCAGAGCUUAAUGAUGCCUGCAGCAAGCUAGAUGAACUAGAGCAGCACUGCCGUAAACUUGAAGUUGAACUGGAACUGCGCCCACAGGGUUACACCGUUCCAGACGAUACUGAAAUAAGGGCACUGCAAACGGAAAUUGCGCAACGCGAGGACGAACUACGUGUGCUUAACAAGGAAGUUUCCAAACUACAUUCGGUAGUCAUUGACCUCGAGGAAAUAAACGGACUACUGACGCAGCAGAUAUCACGCUUGCGCGCUGAUAACGACCACUUGAACGCCACCGUUGACAAGCAGCAGAGGCAUAUUUCUGCAUUAAAUAGUGAGUUGUCGUGUCUAGAGGUGGAAACUGAACGCCUAAGACGAGACUACACAUAGUGUAAUUCAACAUUU